AUGUGCAAGCGAACAAAAUCAGGGGGUGGUCACAGUGCCGAUGAUCUGCGGAACCUUUAUUCGGAGGUUCUACAGGCCGACCGUGAGCUCAAGCAGCUGGUUGACGAAAUGCCGCGCUUCUUCAGACUCAAAGAAAAUCAUGAUGAUGAAACCGCGAGAAAUAUCGUCCAGCAAAAUCGCAUUCUCUCUAUAUCCAUCGCACACAAGAUUUCUUGCCUUCCACUCAUGCGUCGUUGCCUUAUGGACUUCCUUUCGCUCCCCGAUAAUCCUGACACAUAUAUCGUUAGCAAUCUAUGGACCGUGAAUGCACAGGUCUUGACAGCAGCGGUUUGGCUGCUAUUUGAACUGAUAUUUUCAAAGGACGAGAAUGAGCAAAUUUUUGAAACGCAUGAAAUUCGAGAUUUGGCUUUGCGGAGCUUGCAGUUCUUGGAAGUUAACCAAAGCAAAAGCACUAUUGCCAAAAGAGGGGUCGGGCUCAUUGAAAGUUUACUGGAUAAUGAGCAAGCCAUCAAGUCAGGUACUAGAAAACAAUUCUCCUUGAAAGAUAUAAUAUCUCGAGUAGAAGUUGAUGAUUCGGACUCGGGACCGAAUGUGGCUAUGGAGCUUUCAUCUGAUCCAUGUCUUUCGCAUAUGUCAGAUCUUCUUUUGGGAGAUAACAUGGCCUGGGAAGACAUCUUCAGUGUAUUUGACAUGUGA